AUGGCGGCCCGAUUCCGCGAGCUGCUGCAUCAGCUUGGCCAGGAGUACGAAACACAGACAAGUGAACUGCGCAAGCUCCGACGUGAAGUACAGAGGUUGGGUGGCGAUGUGGUGGCUGCACCCGAAUCGUCACCAGCUCCUCCGUUUGUGAUGGAUUCUCCAGGAUCCGUGCUCAUGAGCUCGUGGGAAGUUCGCUUUCCUGGUGCCGAGGAUGGACACAGCGCAGAGUUGCAAAGUGUUGGACUGCGACAGGCAGCACGGACCCAGAGAGCUGCAGAAAACAACGAGCUGGGCUUGAACCGCAGCUUCAUGGAUACGGGGGGCAAGCAUGACUUCGUCGAAGAAAUCAAGGAGCUCCCGAAGCUGCCCUCGAAAACCUCCAGAGCUCCGACGGGGAAAUUCAACAAGACCUUUACUCGACAAGUGAGUGCCGGGUCGGAGCCGGCGGAGGGGAAGGAUGACAAGGAGAUGAAGUUUUCCAUCUUGCGGGCCCAGAAAACGAAAAACUUCAUCUACUCAAAGCCCUGGUACAUCAUCAAUCCUGAUCGCAAUGCUGCGGCAUCCGCGUGGCAGAUGGUCGUCGGCAUGUGCUUGAUCUUUGUGGCCGUUGUGACGCCCUUCCAAGUGGCUUUGCUGGAGCUGCAAGUAGACGCGGUUCUCGUGAUGGGCCUUUGCGUCGACUUCGUGUUUCUCAUCGACAUGGUGCUUCAAUUCUUUACCACCUUCCCGAAGUCGACUACUCAUGGCAUCGUCUGGGAAGUGCGUUUGAGGAAGAUCUGGUGGCAUUAUUUGAAGUCCUGGUUCCUGCUCGACCUGGUGACGCUCAUCCCCUUCGAUUUGUUCACGCUUUCGGUUAACUCGGAUCAGUUGGAUGAGCUGCAGAGUCUGAAGGUGUUUCGCACACUGCGCCUUGUGAAGAUCAUGCGCCUGGCCAAGUCCUCUCAGUUCAUGCACAAGAUCGAAGUUCCGCUGUCUAUCCCGUACCAGCAGAUGGCCCUGAUACGGUUUUUGCUGAUCCUUGCCUUCGUGUGCCACUGGCUGGCGUGCUUGUGGGCCAUGACUUUGGGCCUAAAUGAGGACAACAUGCCCACCUGGAUCGACGGCAUUGAAGCAGAAGAUCUGGCUUUGGGGAUUCGGACGCGUGACUCUCCGUGGCGAGUGUAUUUGAGUUCCUUUUACUUCUGCAGUUACACGCUCACCUCCGUGGGCUAUGGCGACAUCGGACCAGCGAAUAUUCUGGAACGUUUCGUAUGCUGCGUCGUGAUCUUGUCUGCAGGCUUGGCGUGGGCAUAUGUCAUUGGCGAGGUUGCCGCCAUUGUCCAUGACCUGACAGCCGAGAGCCAUGUCUUCAGGAAACGUAUGCACCAUCUGAACCUCAUGAUGCGAGACCAAGGGCUUCCACACGAACUGUGCUGCCGGCUGCGAAGCUUCUUCCUGCAGAACCGACACCAAUCCCUGGUGAUGGCUCGCCAAGCUCUCUUGGAACGAAUGAGCCCGCAGCUACAGUCAGAGGUCUGCAUUGCUACCAACUUCGCAUGGCUUCAAAAGGUGCACUUUUUCAAGAAGUUCAUGACUUUCAUCAGACAGCAGGAGCGUUUGGGCAUGCAUACUGAGCCCUAUCAAGCAUGUGUGGCACACAUCUCGAAAAUGCUUUCCUUUGGAGCCUUCGCGCAGCGAGAAGCUUUUACCAAUGUGCAAGUGCUUUACAUCUUGUCCAAGGGCCUAGUGGCUUUGAACAGCCGGGUACGAUCCCAUGGAGAAGUCUGGGGCGAGGACUUCGUGUUGUGGGAUACGUCUCUCAUCCACCCUGUCACCAGCUACACUCUCACAUACAUCGAAGUUUUGUCUUUAUCUCGGGCAGACCUGAUGCACGUGAUUCAUGAAUGCCGCUUCACCAGUCCGGAGCUGGGUCAGAUCGUGCGGCGCUACUGCGUGCGAAUCGCAGUCUAUCGUGGCGUUCUACACGAGGCGCGACGUCUCAAACGCCAGAUGAUGAAGGAAAGCGCGAUACGAGGUCAGGGUCAGCCUGUGCAACCGCCGAGUUCACCAUCAAACCAAAGUCCGAAGCCGCCAGACACCAGCCAGCCUGCGAUGGCUGAACCAUUUGGACCACCUGGAGCAUUGGAAAAUUAG